AUGAAGUUUACUACUUUUGCCCUCUUCACCGCCCUCGCGGCCGUCGUCACCGCCGCCCCCACCCCCGAGGCUUACCGCGGCGGAAACCGCCACGGUCACAAGUACGGUGGCCAGCGCAAGUACGGCCACUCGCACAAGCAGCCCCAGGCAGACGCUCCCGCUACCACGGAUGAGUGGGACGAGAACGAGCCCUGCGUUGACGGCACGGCUCCCCCCGUCCUCAACAACAUUGCCACUCCCUCGUCGUCGUCGGCCAUCUCUUCGGCCUCGGCCGUCUCGUCGACCGCUGAGAAGCCUUCUUCGUCGUCGACUGAGGAGGCCAGCCCCACCUCGUCUGAGGAGGCUCCCAAGGAGACUCCCAAGUGGGACGAGGACAAGCCCGAGGACAAGCCUCAGGAGAAGCCUGCCAAGGAGGAGGACAAGCCCAAGGAGGUCGACAACGGCGGCGGCAAGGGCAUUGGCUCGAACGGCGGCCAGUCGGGCUUUGCGACUCGUUACUCUGUCAUGAACCCCUCUGAGAACCACGGCAUGAGCGGCCAGGUCGCUUGCUACACGCUCAACCGCAACUUCAACGACGGCGACCGCAUUGCCGCUGUCCCUAUCGGCCAGUUCAACCUCGACAUGUGCGGCAAGACGGUCAACGUCUGCGCCGAGAAGGGCUGCGUUGACGUCAUGAUUGUCGACUCGUGCGUCGGCGGUGGCUGCAAGGACCUCGACAUUACUCCCGCCGCGUUCGACGUCAUCACUGGCGACAACACUGGCAUUUACCCCAUUACCUACAAGUGGCUGUAA